AUGGUCAAGAUCAUUGUGGCUACCUUGUCCGCCGGUGUCGCGUCUGCUUUCGGCACCAUCUCCGAGUUUCCGAUAGAACUGACCAGCCUCAUGGAUCAAACCGUGGAUCCGUGCACCGACUUCUUUUCGUAUUCGUGCGGGACGUGGUACAAUAAGACCAUCCUCCAUGCCAACCAAAGUACUACUACUAUCCGUGCGAAGCAGGCCGUGAUCAUGGCUUCGGUGGGCAAGCUGGUCGAAAAAUUGUUGAAAGCCAAGGUGCCCAAACUCACCGAGUUCUAUGACGCGUGUAUGGACACUGCCACUUUAGACACCUUGGGCUUGGCUCCCAUCGAAGAUCACCUCAAGGCAAUCCGCAGCGCCAACUCGACCGUCGAAGCCAUUUUUCGCGGCGCAACCAUCUCCAUGGCCACCGGCGUACCGCUGUUCGUGAAGCUAUCGCCCUUGCCCAACGCCGUCAACUAUACCCGCACCGCCUUGUAUGCCGUACACCCAGGAAUGCCGUUUGACCCAAAAUACUUCCACGAACCAUUGUGGGCCGAUGUUGAAAAGCCGUACCGCAAAUACAUUGCCACGCUCUUCACGCUGGCCGGCCACGCGGAGGUGGAGGGGGCUAUUGACGACAUGAUUAAGUUUGAACGCAUCAUUGCCGGGGUAGACCUGCCCAAGCGUAGGCUCCAAGAGGCUGCGUUUUCCGACAACGUCCCAUAUCCGCUCAGCGUCAUCAAUGCGUCGUACCCAUUGGGUCUAGGUCUCCCAUUGCAAGCGUUUGGGUUCGACGUCUGCGAAGGGUCCAACACCAUCUUGCUGGACGACCAUUAUUACUUAGACUUCUUAGAAGGAUUUCUCCGCAGCAUGUCCGUCGACGCCCUCAAGACGAUCAUCGAGUACAAAGUGCUCGACUUCAACGCGCGGUACCUGUCAACACCGUUUGUGAAAGCUCGUUCGGCCUUUUAUGACAUGGUGAUUGAAGGCCUCAAAGAACUCCCGUCGCGGUCCACGAUCUGCCGCUAUCAGGUGCAGACGUCCAUCGGCGAAUUGCUCGGCACGUACUACCUCAAGGAAGUGUGGACGGCCGACAUCGCCGCGCGCGCCGAAUCGCUCGUGCUGGCGCUGAAAGCGGCCCUCAAGACUGGGCUGGAAAGCGCGGAGUGGCUCGAUGACGCCACUCGGACCAACGUUACGACCAAGAUGUCCAAGCUGUCCCACUUCUUGGGGGGGCCCAAGAACCCCCAAACGUACUCCGCCUUGACCUUUGACCCCAAGGCGUACGUUGGCAACCUGAAUAAGGUGUCUGCAUUCGACACUGCGUUCAACCUCGCUAAGAUCGACACUGCCUAUGACAAGCAGAUUUGGUUACCCCCGUUUACUGCCCAAACCGUGAAUGAGUACUACUUCGCGUUGACGAACUUGAUCGUGUUUCCCGCCGCCACCUUGCAGCCCCCGAACUUCGAUGUCAAGGCAGACCCGUCCGUGAACUAUGGCAUCGUUGGCUAUAUGAUCGGCCACGAAAUCACCCACGGCUUCGACAGCCGUACCACCAACUACGACAGCGACGGCAAGAUUAAUCCGUUGUGGUCGGCUACCGUGGUGAAAACGCUGGAGGAAAAGGCCAAGUGCUUCAUCGAGCAGUUUGGAUCCAUGGACGUCAAGAGCGACGUCACGGGUGAUUUGCUUGGCAAGUUGGACGGUAAAUUGACGUUGGGCGAGGUCAUCUGUGACAAUGGGGGCCUGAACGCUGCGUAUCGGGCGUACCGAGACCACGUGAACGCUGUGGCCGAUGCCACUAAGUAUACCAAGGAAGCAGGCGAAAAGAUGUUUUGGAUCGCACAUGCCCAAUUGCGGUGCGAAAAGGUCAGCGAUGUGUUCCUCCGGAUUCAUCUCGCUGACCCACACCCCCCUGGUCGUCAGCGCUUGUUCGGGGAGGUUCAAAACUCGGUCGACUUUGCCAAGGCGUUCAACUGCCCUGUGGGCUCACCCAUGAACCCGACCAAGAAAUGUGGUUUGUGGGAUUUACAAACUCGAAGUGAUUCGAAGGAAUGA